AGACUCGGGUCAUCUCCAGGCACUCUUGGCUGCACCGGGUCUGUCUUCAGCGAUCGCGUGCGGAUACCAGCGACCCCGGCUCUGGCAGCAUGUCUGAGAAGAGGCACGGAGAGGACCCCCAAACCCGGAGGGGCCCUGAUACCUUCAAGGAGAGCCCCUACACAGGCCUUGGAAUCUGUGGAUGGAUUUUGGUGUUUUUCUCAUUAUUGUUCACACUCGCAACUUUCCCAUUUUCAAUAUGGUUGUGCAUAAAGAUCAUAAAAGAAUAUGAACGAGCCAUCAUCUUUAGAUUGGGGCGCAUUUUACAAGGCGGAGCCAAAGGACCUGGUUUGUUUUUUGUUCUGCCGUGCACUGACAGCUUCAUCAAAGUGGACAUGAGGACCAUUUCGUUCGAUAUUCCGCCUCAGGAGAUCCUCACUAAGGACUCGGUGACAAUUAGUGUGGAUGGCGUGGUCUAUUACCGCGUCCAGAACGCGACCCUGGCCGUGGCGAACAUCACCAACGCCGACUCCGCCACCCGUCUGUUGGCGCAGACUACUCUGAGGAACGUGCUGGGCACCAAGAACCUCUCCCAGAUCCUCUCCGACAGAGAAGAAAUUGCACACAACAUGCAGACCACCCUGGACGACGCCACGGAUGACUGGGGGAUCAAGGUGGAGCGCGUGGAGAUUAAGGACGUGAAACUGCCCGUGCAGCUGCAGAGGGCCAUGGCCGCAGAGGCGGAAGCAUCCCGGGAAGCCCGAGCCAAGGUCAUUGCAGCCGAGGGGGAGAUGAAUGCGUCCAGGGCCCUGAAAGAAGCCUCCAUGGUCAUCACUGAGUCUCCUGCCGCCCUGCAGCUCCGCUACCUUCAGACACUGACCACCAUUGCCGCUGAGAAAAACUCCACCAUUGUCUUCCCUCUGCCCAUAGACAUGUUGCAAGGCAUCAUAGGGGCGAAACACUGAGGCCUACCGGCCUCACCCACUGGGGAGCUCUGCCCCUCUGAGGACAAAGCAGGGACCAAACUAGCCUUUAACCCGUGAGGAGAGAGUGGGGAGGGCAGCUUGACUGCUCUCCUUCCCCUUCCUUUUCCAUAUAUCGAGUGUGGUGUUCUUAGAAUGUGUAGUGACCUGAAACAGAUACAGAUUGUUAGCUUAUAAAUACUGUGUUAUGAGAGGGAGAUUUAUAUAAGACAGUCUCUUGCUCUUUAAAUAUAAAGAAGUUCAUAUUUUUACAUCAUGUGAUAGGUUAAAUUCCCACCCCCCCACUCCCUUUUUUUUUUUUUUUUUUUUUUUUGACUUUCACUGAGCCGUUCUACACUCGCAGCCAGGAGCCAGGGCAAGGGAACCCACCCUCCAAUGCCCUUGGCUGGAGGUGUGCUUUGCAGAAAACAGUGACCCCGGGCCUCAGCCAGCUUCUCCGGGCCACAUGUGCCUUACUUCCGGGGAAUCAUACCUAAGGAAAAUUUCGUAACAUCCAUUUACUUUAAAUCCAAACCAUGUUUCAAAAUAAUCCUCCCUGGAGACUAGGCAUUUUCUCCGCAGCACCGGAGGAAGGCCAAGAUCAAUGAAAGUGAUUGCCCUAACCUUUGAAAGACUUAAAUCCGCUAUUGUAGAGGUCCUUUUAAAAUAAUGUGGCAGGGUUUUUGUUGUUGUUGUUGACUUCUUGAGGUCUCUCUGUGAGUAAAUGAACCUGCUGCAGUGUGUGACUCAGAUCAGCUGGACGCCUGCCACACAGUGCUGCCGUCUCACGUUUGCCCGCUUUCAUAAAACAGGUUCUAAAUAGUUUUGAUUUUUUUAAAUAAAAUUUUCUGAGUUCUAUAAACAGUUGUUUUUAUAGCCACUUGAAUAGCUUAAGGACUAAUACUUUUUAAAAUAUCUUCGGAAGACCAUGAUAUUUCACUGUCGGCAUGUAUUAACUGUUGUACACUGUGAAAUAUACUGGUUACAGAUCCCACUCAUUAAGAGGUAUAUAGAAUUCACAACAUGUUAAGCACAUACCAUCCCAUGAGCGUGGGAAGGCGCUGCCAGGCUUAGGAUAUCUGUGGUAAACGGAUGUAGAUCUUUAUUGGCCUCCGUGUUCUCGAUGCUGAAGGAGGAAGCGGUCAGCCCUUCUGAACCACAGCUGCUGUGUCUGUGAUCCUGGGAAGCACCUUCCGUGUCUCAGAUGCCCGUGGCCUGAGCAACCUGGCGUUCUCUGUGCCGGCCUAGAAUGCUGGCUGACAGUGACUCGUCCCCUUCGAGGCCGAGUCCAGCCCCGGAAGUCUAAGGCCAGCUGCUCCCUCACCAGAGCCACUUGACGCGCCUGUCGUUAGCCGGGUUACCCUGUCAGUCCCAGCCAAUGAGUGUCCCCUCCCCUUCACCCCAUUCCCAAGCUUAUCUUAGAAAACCUCGAACCACCAUGGAUCCUGGCUUAGUUUAUUAGAUGUAUGGGGAGCAUUUCGACUUGAAACUCAAGUGGCGUAGAGAAUUUGAAAAUAAUGAUUUUAUCUCUUUUACGAGGUGGCUCGCCCUUAACAACUACCGAGGACCAGAAAACAAGCACAUACUCCAGCUGAAAGUCUCUUCCCAGACCUAGAGUAACAAUGCUUUCGGUCCCUUGAGUUUCCCUGUCUCCAGGCACCAAACAGUCUGUGUUUUUCUGCCUGUGGGUUCCUAGCCCAGGAGUCUGAAAUGAAACCACCUGGGGUGAGGGUAUGAGCGCAAGAGUUUGUUCCCAGUGGCCUCCCCUCCCAACACUGUACAUAAUAAUAAAGAGUGCACUUUUACCGAC